AAACCCAGCGCGCUAGCAUGCACCGAAUGUCGCCGAAAACACGUCAAAUGCGACGCCGGGUCUCCUCAAUGCAUGCGCUGCCAGACUCAGGGACUGCAAUGUCGCUAUGAGCCAUCGCGACGAGGCAUGAAGCGACGAAAGCUUCACCAUUUUACUUCGCGUUCUCCGGGAGACCUUGCUCUCACGGACUUCCAGCCCUCUGUCGAUGGCAAUGAUUAUCCAUGGAGCGAGCCAAGCCUUGGAGAAUGUCUUUUACAAAGCGCGCAGAACGCUGGUGAUGAGACUGAGCCGGUAGAGGACGACACUCUUCUCAUUAAUCUUUUUUACUCGAACUUCUUCCCAACGCAUCCUUUCCUGGUCCCUCGAGCGCUCUACACAUCACAAAAUUACCCAUCUUACAUGAAGCUCGUCAUUCAUCUCAUCGGUUGCCAUUAUACCGGGACGAUAUGCAGCGAGACGAUGCAAGGCAUGGCAGACGAUGCGCUGAAGAAGGCAUGGGACCGAGGAGAGCGCAACUUUGUGCUCUUACAAGCUCUUCUGCUCUUUUCCAUGAUCCUUCAUGCCCGUUGCGUAUACGGCAGGUCCCGCUCAAGCCUCUCUAAAGCUGUUUCUCUUGCCCUAGAGCUGAACAUGCAUCGCAAGUCAUUCAGCGUCGCACACUCAGCUGGAUCCCCUGUCGUGGAAGAAAGCAUUAGAAGGACAUGGUGGGAGCUAUACAUUACCGACGGCUUCAUAGCCGCGCUCGACCACAAGCCCAACUUUCGAUGCAAUUCGGUUAAAUCAGAUAUGUCUCUUCCAUGUGAGGAGUUUCUCUACUCGGGGGAACCGCUGUUAUUUGAGCCUUCAACGCUUGAACAAUUCGAGUCGAGGAUCUAUACCAACGACGACCUCCCCUUUUCGUCUUUCGCGUAUCGUAUAGAGGCUGCCCAGCUCUUCGCUCGUGCGCUAUCGAUAGCCUCGACGCAUGAUGUCCACCGCGAUCAGAUUCAAAAUGUCGACAAUCUCUUGGCCGCCUGGCAGCAUCACCUGGGCACCGGCAAAACAGAGCCUGUGGAUUCUACAGGGGGUGUGGAUCACACGCUCCUCCAAGCGCACGUUCUGAUCGAGUACACCACUAUGUACCUCCACUUUCCCCGAAGUGAUCUUGUAGGUGCCAUCGCAGCGGCCUCGGGGAUAAAGUCAAGCUUGGAUCUGUUGCCGACCUAUUCAAGGUCGAUGCAUGGUAUUAAAGCAGUCGAGGCUGCCAAGCGCUUCAUCGACCUGGUCGGUCUGGAAUCCUCAGCUCUGAAGCAUAGUCCCUUGAUGCUGAACGGGUUGCUUCUCAGUUGCACCGUUCAGCUAUCCGCUUCUUCCCUGCGUCCAUCUCGAUACUCCGACCAGUUCCACAGUCGUCUGUGCUUGAGUCUCGGCAUACUAAAGACAUUGUAUCCGGUUUGGGCACUGGCUCGAGAAGUUUCGGAUAGCAUCCGAUCAAUGGCUAACCAGGCCUUGCCCAGU